AUGUCAUCAUGUCCCGUGCUGUUCCAGAGUCACAGCCUGGCUAUUGGGCGUUCAACGGAGACUCCCAUCGACUUCGUGGUGACGGACACGGUGCCCAGUGGGCAGGGCACCGCUGACAGUCAGCUCGCUCAGAGCACCAUCUCUCGCUUCGCCUGCCGCAUCAUCUGCCAAAGAAACCCUCCUUACUCUGCACACAUCUACGCUGCAGGGUUCGACUCCUCCAAGAACAUCUUCCUGGGGGAAAAAGCCGCCAAGUGGAAGAUGCGGGACGGUCAGAUGGACGGACUGACCACAAACGGUGUUCUGGUCAUGCAUCCUCGACAGGGCUUCAGUCAGGACUCCAAACCUGGUUUGUGGAGGGAGAUCUCAGUCUGUGGCAAUGUCUUCACUCUGAGGGAAACCAGAUCAUCUCAGCAGAGGGGCAACGUGGUUGAUUCUGAAACGAACGAGCUGGUGGAUGGCUCCCUCAUCGACCUGUGCGGCGCCACCUUGCUGUGGCGCACCGCUGAGGGCCUCGCACAAACGCCCACAGUCAAGCACCUGGAGGCGCUGAGGCAAGAGCUAAACGCUGGGCGGCCGCAGUGCCCCGUGGGCUUCAACACGCUGGCCUUCCCCAGUCUGCGACGCAAAGACGUACUGGACGAAAAGCAGCCCUGGGCCUACCUGCGCUGCGGUCACGUGCACGGCUACCACAGCUGGGGAGGGCGGCGCAACCCGGAGGUGAACGCAGAGUGCCAGGAGAGGGAGUGCCCCAUGUGCCGGACGAAGGGGCCCUACGUUCCGCUGUGGUUGGGCUGCGAACCAGGCUUUUAUGUAGACGCCGAGGCCCCCACCCACGCCUUCGUCCCCUGCGGCCACGUCUGCUCAGAGAAGACGACGGCGUAUUGGAGCCAGAUCCCGCUGCCACAUGGGACUCACGCCUUCCACGCCGCCUGCCCGUUCUGCAUCCAGCUUCUGAGCGGGGAGACGAGCUGCAUCAGGCUCAUCUUCCAAAGCCCGCUGGACUAGA